UGCCAGUCUUUGAUAAGGUCCUAACAACCCAGUAAAAACUUUGCUGUCUCUAAAAACCUUUACACAGCCCUCUAAAUACUGCCGACUAUUGUUCAAUGUAUAGUUUUAGGGUCUAUUCGCUGACUGAAAAAAACAGUCGAUGUGACACUAUUAAUGUUAGCUGGUUUUAGCUUUUUGAAAUCGCAAAGAAGAGUAGUUGUUUUUAUCUAUCUUCCGGGACCAGGCCGGCGGUUCUUUACUUUGAUGUCCACAGUUAAACCCUCAACCCAGUUCGUUUUGAAAUAGCCUGGAGGAUAUCUGCCGCCUGCGUCGACUACUUGAAACAGUACCUGAGUAUGGAGGAAACGCGUUUUCUUGUUAAGGUUAUACAAAAUAAAAAUCCCCCUAGUUCCUGAGAUAAACAUACAAACGGAAAAGAACUCUGGCGAUAUUUGUCAUUUUUUGAAUACUUUUGGGACUGUUUGUGUCUUUACACACUGUUUAUAAUCUAAGGAAGACAUUCUAACGUGCAUCGAUGAGUGAAGAGAAGCUGAGAAGCUCCCCCGCUGAUUUGAAAGAGUGAGAAGGAUCACAUUCGAGCUCAGAGUAGGCACAACGGCACACACACACUGCAACCGGAGCUGGAGCCAUGAGCUGGGCGCUUACGGACCAUAUCAGCAGUAGCUUCCGAGAAGACGCACCUCGUCCUCCGGUACCGGGGGAGGAGGGAGAGGCGUCAUGCCACAAUCCCAGCAAGCCAGCCAAAAUGACAGCCCAAAUCAAGGCUAAAGUUGUCACCACCGCGUCUCCCGGUUCCACACCGAGGAGGAACGAGGAUGGACUUGGAGAACCUGAGGGGAGCGCGUCUCCGGACUCGCCCCUUGCCCGGUGGACGAAGUCUUUGCAUUUUCUACUAGGUGACCAAGACGGUGCUCUUCUUUUCAGGACCUUUUUGGAGCGGGAGAAAUGCGUGGACACUCUGGACUUCUGGUUUGCCUGCAAUGGCUUCAGGCAAAUGGACUUAAAGGAUACCAAAACGCUACGAGUUGCCAAAGUUAUUUUCAAACGGUACAUAGAAAACAACAGCAUUGUUUCCAAGCAGUUGAAACCUGCUACGAAGACUUUCAUAAGGGAUAGUAUUAAGAAACAACUUAUAGACUCUGCGAUGUUUGACCAAGCACAAACGGAAAUUCAGUCAACCAUGGAAGAGAACGCGUACCAGAUGUUUUUAACUUCUGACAUAUACCUCGAAUACGUGCGCACCGGUUGCGAGAACGCAGCGUAUGUGAACCAUAGCGGUCUCGGGAGUCUGAAGUUGAUGUGUGGAUAUCUUCCACCUCUUAUUGAAGAAGAAGAGUGGAGUUGUAGUGACUUGAAGGCGAAAACGUUGGCAUCUGUAGUUGGACUAUCGGCGAAAGCGUUGAGGGCCACUGCUACCAUCCGGACAGCGGCGGAAGUGCUGGAAAAUGGGUACAGGUCACACCGACGGGGAGAUCCUGCCAGUCCCUACCUCGUCAACUCCGGCUACGUGUUCGCUCCCGCCACCAGUGCCAACGACAGCGAGAUCUCCAGCGAUGCCAUGACGGACGACUCCAUGUCCAUGACAGACAGCAGUGUAGAUGGAGUCCCUCCUUACAAGCUGGGCACCAAGAAGCGACUCCAGAGAGAGAUGCAUCGAAGCGUCAAGAUCAAUGGGCAGGUCUCGCUACCCCAUUUUCCUAGGACUCACAGGCUGCCCAAGGAGAUGACCCCAGUGGAGCCCUCGGCCUUCGCCGCCCAGCUCAUCUCCAGGCUGGAGAAGCUGAAGAGGGAGCAGGACACCAUGAGCUCUCUGGAGGAGAGGCUGCAGCAGAUCCAGGAGGAGGAUGAGAAGGAGGACAGCGACCUCCCCAUCUCCACCCCCCUCCACCACCCUCUGCUCCCCCCUGGCGGCCCCUGCGAGGAGGACCCCCAGGCCAUACUAGACGACCACCUAUCCCGCGUCCUCAAGACACCAGGCUGCCAGUCUCCCGGUGUGGCUCGCCACUCCCCGCGCUCGCAAUCCCCGGAGCGGCCCGGCGCUCUCAUCCCCUCCUUCCUUGGAGCCUACCCUGGCGGCCCCAAGGGCAUUCUGGGUAGCGGCGGCAGGCCGUCGACCAAGCACAUCCACCACCACUACAUCCACCAUCAUCACGCCGGGCCCAGGACCAAGGAGCAGAUUGAGGCCGAUGCUGCCCAGCGCGUGCAGUGCCUCUGCCCUCCAGGGGGCGCUGACUACUCCAACUUCUCCCCCGGGCGCUGCAGCACCCUGUCCAAACGCUCCCCCAGGGUCGGAGAGGGGCUGAGCCCAGCCCACGGAGAGGGGCCCUCGACGCCCCACCUGACCCUGGACGUCACCGACCGCUCCCAGAACGUCUGGCAGUGGAUCCUGGAGAGCGAGCGGCAGGGCAAGCACAAGCCCCACAGCAGCACGCAAGGCCUGAAGAAGCCCCAGCUCCUGGAGCCGGCCUCCAACAUCCUCCCCAGCCGGACGCACUCCACCUGGGGCUGUGGAGGCCCGGGCAGCGGGGGUCACCUCCGCACCCACCACCCAGCCCACCCCUUCAUCCAGGACCCGGCCAUGCCACCCCUGCCCCCGCCCAACACCCUGGCUCAGCUGGAGGAGGCCUGCCGGCGCUUGGAGGAGGUCUCCAAGCCCCCCAAACAGAGGCAUUCAACGUCCAGCCUUCAAAGAGACAGGAUUCAUCCUGCUCCUCUCCCCAGUGGAAAUCCAACCCUACCCUUACCCAUCCCCGGACUUCAAACAGACGAGCUCCUGGGUUGUGACCUGGUGGUCACCUACUUCUUCUGUGGUGAGGAUCCCUACCGCAGCAUUAUGAAGACCCACAGCCUCACCCUGGGACACUUCAAAGACCAGCUCAGCAAGAAAGGCAAAUACAGGUACUACUUCAAAAAGGCGAGCGACGAGUUUGAGUGCGGGGCGGUGUUCGAGGAAGUGUGGGAGGACGCCGCGGUGUUGCCCAUGUAUGAGGGCAGGGUCCUGGGGAAGGUAGAGAGGAUGGACUGAUGCCCCCCCAGCCCAGCCCCCACCCUGCCCUGACCUACCCCCUACUGCCAACCAAAUACCAACCACUUGGGCACAAAGCGUUUUCGAGGAAGCAGACUUUUAAGUGACUAAAUGGAGAAAUGCUCCAGACGUUUUUUUUUUUUGUCGUUUUGUUUUUGUUCCUAUUAUUAAGCUAAACAGAGUUAAUAUAUCCAGCACAAUAGGAGCGAUUUGAAGGAACACGAGCCAAUGAAGUACGCCGAACCCCAGAGGAGGUCCCGCCCUCCAUGACUUUCUUAACCAAUCAGCCUUAGAAAACACAAGGGAACGUCACUACAGACUGAAAGCGAGUGAAGGCCUCUGGGCGAGACUCCGCCCCCUCCUCCACCUCACCGAACCUCGCUUUUUUUUGUUGAAAAUUGCGAAUAUAACCACUGAAGAUGCAGAGGACUGUUUCCGAGGAAACGAGAGACUACAGCUGCAUCGCCGCGUGGGCUCCUGACCAAGUGCAAUGGACUCACUAGCAGAGUGAGGGGUGGGGGGGGGCCUCCGAACACCGGCCAGCGCCGGCUCCAGCUCUCCCCUUGUGCUAUAGUUGUUACAAAAAGAAAAAAAACGCCUGUACGUGUGCAUAUACAUACAAACAUGCAUAUAUGUAUAUAUACAUGUAUUAUAUAUAUAUAUUGAUGCUUUUUGUCAUGAGCUGAAAGUUUUUAUUGAGUAUUUAUUGAAAACAAUUGUCCUUUAACUCUCCCCCAACCCCCUCUCCCCCCUCUUGUAACCCCUCCCAUGUCCAGCCAAUGGGCAAGCUGCUUUGAGUAUUGGGAGAAUACUGUGGUGAUUGAGUUUUUUUGUAUUUGCUUUUUUCCUUCGCAAACAGUAUGACACUAGCUUAUCUCCUCAGAAACCCCCCUCCACCCCCCCCUCAUUCCCCUAGGCCCGUAUCCAUGCCGACAACCUUACUCAACCAAUAGAAGGUUCUGUCUCUAGUCUUUCGAGACGUCCUUCCGCCAUUGUAACGCUCAAUCCCAGUCUUAAUAUAUGCUGCUGUUAAUGUGUACUCUCCACUUGGUUGGACUGGUGGCCUCUCUCUCUCUCCACCUCCCUCUCUCUCUCUCCACCUCCCUCUCUCUCUCUCUCCACCUCCCUCUCUCUCUCUCUCCACCUCCCUCGCUCUCUCUCCACCUCCCUCUCUCUCUCUCCACCUCCCUCUCUCUCUCUCCACCUCCCUCUCGUUCUCUCUCCACCUCCCUCUCGUUCUCUCUCCAUCUCUCUCUCUCUCCACCUCCCUCUCUCUCUCUCUCCACCUCCCUCUCUUUCUCUCUCCACCUCCCUCUCUUUCUCUCUCCACCUCCCUCUCUUUCUCUCUCCACCUCCCUCUCGUUCUCUCUCCACCUCCUCUCUUUCUCCUCUCCACCUCCCUCUCGUUCUCUCUCCACCUCCCUCUCUCUCUCUCUCUCCACCUCCCUCUCUCUCUCUCUCCACCUCCCUCUCUCUCUCUCUCUCCACCUCUCUCUCUCUCCACCUCCCUCUCUUUCUCUCUCCACCUCCCUCUCGUUCUCUCUCCACCUCCCUCUCUCUCUCUCUCCACCUCCCUCUCUCUCUCUCUCCACCUCUCUCUCUCUCCACCUCCCUCUCUUUCUCUCUCCACCUCCCUCUCGUUCUCUCUCCACCUCCCUCUCGUUCUCUCUCCGGCAACGCGGAGCUCGAUCUUUGUUUAGUUGUGCCUUUGUUUGUGGACCAGGCAUUUGCACAUGGGAACUGGGGCCGAGGGCCAACACGCAGAAGGGACCUGGAGCACAAGUUGUGGUCAAUAACCAUCUAAUAACGGAAGCAUUUACAGCAAGCACACCAAAAUAACCUUGCGCUAACGACAAGCUGCUCAAGCCAGGAAGCAGCGACGUAAGUCACCGCGUUAGAAGCUUCCGGAUCCUUAUUUAUACUAAAGUACUAGGUUCAAGCAACGUUGCUCUGAUAGCUUUGGAGUUUUGUAAUUGAUACCAUUUUGUUAAAUUAAAAGAAUUUGAAAAUACAUUUAUCGAAAAAGAGAGCUCCCGUACACAUUGUAAUAAUGCAUUCUGAAGUAAUGGAUACACAGACACACACACACUAUUGCUAGUGUUUUAUGAGUACAGAACCUGUGCCUACAUGGAAGUCAUACCAUGUUCUACCCUGAUUCAGGGUGUUUGAGAUCCCUUGGUUUUCAGAAGGGCUUUAUGUUGAAAAGAUAUUUUUAUGCUUUUAAUAAUAUCCUGUAAUCAUAUUGUUUUUGUCUUGUUUUUACACCCAUGGCUUUUUUGUUUUAUGUAAACUGUAAAUUAUACAUUAUAUACAGAGUUUCAUUUAAAGAUUUACAUGGACCUAUAAUUAUUGUAAUUAUUAAGAGAUGUAGCCUUUAUUAAAGUUUUAUAUUUUUCAAA